CAGACGCUUCAACUCUUCAACCAGCUGGCACAGUGGAGCAGACAUUUUCUGCUCAGUCUUUCUUUUUAGAGUUUGUUUUGGAUCAACUGCCAGGCUGGAGGGAGGGCUCGGGUCAAGUCUGCUGAGGAAGCUUUCUUCUUCCAGGAAGUCUCAUCAGCGAAACAACAGUCCUCAACCCCAAGAGGCCAAUGACAUGGGGGCGAAUGGAGACGACAGCGGGGCAGGUAGGCUGAGCCGCAGACUGUCUCGUCUAGGCAGCAGGAAUCAAUCCAGGGAUCAGAGACACCCGGCUCAGCCAGAAAGACCUCCUCCUCCUCCUGUUCAACAAGAUGACAGGCCAGCUCCACCAGCACUUGUUGUGCCUCCAGCUCCAGCUCCAGCACCAGUUUUUGUUCUCCCACCACCCAUGGAAAUACCACCUAAACGCCCUGACAAAUCAACAAAGCCCAAGCUUCCUCCCCGGCCCCUGUCCAAGGUGUUCAGUAGCACUGAACAUGGAGAGGAUGUGCUAAAGGGCUUUGAUAGUUUUCGGGGAGACGAGACGCUCUGUGAUGUUGUCUUAGUUCCUGGAGAUAGCAAGGAAAAGUUUCCCGUCCACAGAGUCAUCAUGGCUUCAUCCAGCGACUACUUUAAAGCGAUGUUCACAGGAGGCAUGAGGGAGCAGGAGAUGAGAGAGAUCAAGCUGCAUGGGGUCACCAAGUUGGGCUUAAAGAACAUUAUAGACUUCAUUUACACAUCCAAAGUGAGCCUCGACAUGGGCAAUCUUCAGGACACACUGGAGGCCGCAAACUUCUUGCAGGUCAUGCCAGUCCUGCGGUUUUGCAAUCAGCUUCUGAGCAGUGAGAUCACUAUUGAUAACUGUGUGGAAGUUGAGCGCAUAGCCACAGACUUGCUUCUAGAGGACGUUCAGCAGAAUAUCGGUGAGUUUGUGAGUCAGAACCUCUCAGAGUUAGUGGAGUGUGGCCGCUACCUUGAGCUCUCGGAGACCAGCAUGGCCAACGCUCUUGCCAGCAAUUCGCUGAAAGGUUUCUCGGAACUGGAGCUCUAUCAUAUUGCAAGAGGAUGGCUGGACCACGAGUCUGCCAAACGCCGAACUUCUGUUUAUGCCUUGAUGCGGCAUAUUCGCUUCCCACUGAUGAGCCCCAGUGAGCUGAUUCAGAUCUCUCAGGAUGAUGAAGAAGAAAGCGACUCUCUGAUGCGCUCUGAGACAGCCUGUGUGAACCUCUUGCUGGAGGCCAGUAACUACCAGAUGAUGCCUUACAUGCAGCCAGCCCUGCAAACAGAGAGGACACAGAUAAGAUCAGACGCAACUCAUAUUCUGGUCCUGGGUGGUGUAAUGCGACAACAGCUGGUGGUGAGCCGGGAGUUAAGGCUGUACGACGAGAAAACCGGCCAUUGGAGGGCCCUGAAGCCCAUGGAGGUGCCACGCUAUCAGCAUGGUGUGGCUCUUCUAGGCGGCUUUCUCUUCAUUGUUGGAGGUCAGAGUACUUACGACACAAAGGGCAAGACAGCCAUAGACAGCGCCUACCGCUACGAUCCACGAUUUGACAAGUGGUUACAGAUUGCGUCACUCAAUGACAAGAGGACUUUCUUCCAUCUCAGUGCCCUGAAUGGGAAGCUGUUUGCAGUGGGAGGAAGGAACGCCUCAGGAGAAAUUGACACGGUGGAGUGCUACAAUCUGAAGAAAAAUGAGUGGACCUUUGUGAACAGUAUGGUGGAGCCCCACUAUGGACAUGCUGGAACAGUCCAUGAAGGCCUCAUGUACAUUUCAGGCGGCAUCACCCGUGACACCUUCCAGAAGGAGCUUUGGUGUUACGACCCGGUCGCUGACACGUGGAGUCGACGGGCAGACAUGACGGAGCUCCGUGGCCUGCACUGCAUGUGCACUGUGGAAGACAGACUCUAUGUCAUGGGCGGAAAUCAUUUCCGAGGCUGCAGCGACUAUGACGACGUGCUGGGCUGCGAAUACUACAGCCCUGACACAGACCAGUGGACGGUGGUGUCACCAAUGCCUCGGGGCCAGAGCGACGUAGGUGUGACUGUGUUCAAUGGACAGAUCUAUGUGGUGGGAGGAUAUUCCUGGAACAGCAGAUGCAUGGUCGACAUCGUGCAGCGAUAUGAUCCAGACAAGGACGUGUGGGACAGGGUGUUCAACGUGCUGGAGCCUCUGGGGGGGAUCCGUGCCUGCACAAUGACAGUUCAUCUGCCAGAGGGGUCAGUAGAUGAGGCUCAGAUACAAGAUUGCCCACUUCCCACAGCUAAGAGCUCAUAGCCACAGACGAGGGGGUUUCCGGCUGUUGCUGCUGUGAGACCACAACUGACAUGAUGAAAUUUACCUGCACGCUGUGGCGAAAAGAAGGCAAAACAGGAAGUAGUGUGGGUUGCAAACACAAGUUGCAUGUGCAAGCAAAGCAGGCUAGCUUACAUUAGCAUUCGAUAGUUUGAAGACUUUACUCGUACUUACAAACACUGUGCUCUUGUUAGUAUCGUUUCCUGUCCUUUCAUUUACUGCCAGCUAUGUGGCACCCCAGCUAAUCUGUUGAUUAUGUAAUGAAUAUGCAUAAUGUACAUAAUGCCUAAACGAAAGCUCAAACCCACCUUCCUGAUCAGUUUGACUGGACAUUGAUUCACUGGACACUGAAGGCAGCAAGUCAGAAUUAGAGGCAAAAUCAUCUUUUCAUAUAAAUUACACUGAAAAGUUGAAUUAAGAGAGAAAAUCGACAUUAUUUCAAAUGCUAUUUUUGUAUAGUUUGUAAUUCUGUAGGCUUUUUUGAUCUAUUUAUUUUAUUCCAUCUCUAAACCGAAAGGAAUUAGCUGAAUCAUUUGUGUCAUGAUGACGCAUGGAUUAGGUGAUUAAAACACCACAGGGUUUUGGGCAAACAUUGUAAAAUAAAGAAGUUUUUAUGGCACAGAGUCAUAAGAUUUCAGCUAGACUGUAGCUUCAAAGACAACAUUUCGGGUGUGGAACUUCCUAUUAAUCAAGCCUGUAUCCACAGACAGUCAUGCUUUCACGAGGUUUGUUUCUGCUUUUAAACACAAUGUAAUGAGCAAAGAUGUCUGUUAAUGCUUUCCAUUAAAUUUCAUGCUGCAACA